CGAUCACAAGACCAGCUGUGACUUGUUGUUGUUGCUAAUAAGGUCUCAUUUCGCUUGAUAAAAUGACUUAGGUCGGAAUGUUUUCAUAGCGUAGACGUUUUGGAAUAUCGGCGUUGCUUUCUUCAUUCGGGGAGUGCGCCACGACAGAACUCCGCAGCCGGCCAGCCACCUCUCUGUUUUCCUUCCUGUUUUGUUGACGAUUGCACCGCAAAAGCACAUCCUUGAACUUAUGUGUGACCUGCAGUAGCCGAAUGUUAGUCUUUCAGCUGUGACUGUUAGCGGUAGAGGGUGCGGAUUUGGUGCGGUAUUUUUGAGUAAACUACUGGAAUAACGAUCCAGAGAAGAGAAGAAGCUCGCUAGUGACUUUACUUUUGUGCACUGUAGCACGUUGGUAGAGCUGCAACUCGUUUCACUUUAUGGAGGUUUAAAGUUAGCCACCAUGAAUACGUUCAAAGUGUCCUUCUUUGGCUUUUCUUGUCUCUUCGUCACGGUGACCUUGAUCCAUUUCGGUUCAUCAAUCCCUCUGCAAGAGAAGAAUUUUGGCCAGUUGAGCUUUGUAGAGCAAUUGGGUCGUUUUGGUGUCCGAUUCAACUGGCGCAACCUCACGUGUCCUGUGUGCAAAACAGUUUUCACCAUCCUAGACAUCGCAUUGUUGAGCGACACGAAUAAGGAGCGAGUGGCUCACGCCGUGGGCGAAGCUUGCACCCGCCUGCACCUGGCAGAUGAGCAUGUGUGCCGCGAGAUCACCGAGCUGUUCAGCGACGACUUCAUCACCACGCUGCAGCAGUCCAUCCUGUGGCCGACGGAGGCCUGCGCCGUCCUGGUUGGCCCCAGCUGCGGCCGUUUCGACAUCUAUGCGCCUUGGAACGUCACCCUGCCGGCCGUGGCCAAGCCGCCCAUCACGCCGCCCACGCCACCCAUACCCGGUUCUCCCCAGAGCCGGGUGCUCUUCCUCACCGACAUCCACUGGGACCGGGAGUAUGCUGAGGGCAGCAGCGCUGACUGCAAGGACCCGCUGUGCUGCCGCAACAGCUCGGGGCUGCCCAGCUGGAAGCACCAUGGCGCUGGCUACUGGGGCACCUACAGUAAAUGCGACCUGCCGCUGCGCACUGUGGAGAACCUCAUGGAGAACGUGGCCAAGGACGGGCCCUGGGACUGGGUGUACUGGACGGGCGACAUCCCGGCGCACAACGUGUGGUCGCAGACGCGCGCGCAGCAGCUGAUCGAACUCACCACCAUCUCAAGGCUUAUUCACAAGCACCUGGGCCCCAACGUCAUUGUCUACCCGGCCGUGGGCAACCACGAGAGCACCCCGGUCAACAGCUUCCCACCGCCCUUCAUCCACGGCAACCGUUCAUCCCACUGGCUCUAUGAUACCAUGGCGGAGGAGUGGGCUGUGUGGCUGCCGCCUCAGGCCCUCCACACCAUCAGGCGUGCUGGUUUCUACACCGUCCAGAUCCAGCCAGGGUUGCGGCUGGUGUCCCUCAACAUGAACUUCUGUGCCCGAGAGAACUACUGGCUCAUGGUGAACUCCACGGACCCAGCGGACCAGCUGCAGUGGCUCGUCCACAUCCUUCAGGAGUCCGAGAACAAGGGCGAGAAGGUUCAUAUAAUAGGACAUAUCCCGCCUGGACUUUGUUUAGCCAGUUGGAGCUGGAACUACUAUCACAUAGUCAACAGGUAUGAAGGCACAAUCACGGGACAGUUCUUUGGUCACACUCAUAUUGACGAGUUUCAGAUGUUUUACGAUGAGGAGACCAUGACCAGGCCACUGGGUGUUUCCUAUAUUGCACCAAGUGUCACCACUUUUGUCAACCUUAACCCAGGCUAUCGUGUGUAUUAUGUUGAUGGAAACUACCCUGACAGUUCCCGUUUCGUGCUGGAUCACGAGACGUAUAUCCUCAACCUCACCGAGGCAAACAACCGUCCCAAUCCAGCCUCACCCCUCUCUGCUGCUGACCCCAACCCCAAAUGGACCCUCCUAUACCGGGCCUCCAAAGCCUAUGGCCUGACCAGCCUCUUCCCCUCUGAUUGGCACGGCCUCAUUCAGACCUUCCUGCAGGACGACCGGUACUUCCAGACGUACUGGUACCUGAUGCACAAGGGCCACGUGUCGGAGCCCUGCAAGGACACCUGCAAGACGGCCAACAUCUGCUUCUUGCGCAGCAGCCGCUACCAGGAGCUGGUGCAGUGCAACAUCUUGAAGGGCCUCGGCCACAAGAAGCCAGCAUACGUCCGCAAAACAAUGUGUUAACGUUUCGAGAGUGUGGAGAGGAUAGACUGGUUUUGGAUUGUAGUCCAGAAAACGGAUCGGGUGAAUUAUUUUUAGGAUGCUGUGAAAAACUGCAUGUGUGACACGGGUGUAUUAAUGCAGUCCUGGCUAUUGACAUUAUUGACUUCCUUUAAACAUGGGUGUUUAAAGAUGUUUUGUUCUCCAUGGACUAUGUUGAGCCAUGAUUUUGCUGUCUGGCAUUAAUUUGGGACUUAUUAAUUUCCUGAUGUGUUGCACAAAAAACUUAAACCUCAGAGUGGGCCUCUGAGUGGGCCUUGGGUUACACUGUGCUGGUCUUGGGUUACACUGUGCUGGUCUUGGGUGUAGUUAAACCAAUAAUAGGUCUCGGAUGUGUUUUGUGCGCUCAAUUUCCAAAGAAUAAAGAAAUGUAAUGGGGAUAUUCAUGCCUUAAAAGUU